UAUUUGCAUAUCGCAUUUGUUCUUCUUGAAUCUCCCUCUCUCUCUCUAUUACCCACACACACAGAGAGAGAGAUUAAUUAGCUAGCUACAAACAAACAAAGAAACAAAGAGAUAUAAGAGAAUGUUCCAUACGAAGAAAGCAGCUUCGGGUUCGACGACUGCUAUGAAUUCACUUCAUCAUCAUAACCAUCAUCAUGAAAGAUCAUCCAACAUGUGUGGUGGUGGUAAUAGCUCUUCUGGUCAUGUUGGCACCAUACAAGGCGACUCGGGUCUCGUCCUCACCACUGACCCUAAACCGAGGCUUAGGUGGACCGUCGAGCUCCACGAACGCUUCGUUGAUGCUGUUGCUCAGCUUGGAGGACCAGACAAGGCAACACCAAAGACAAUCAUGAGAGUUAUGGGUGUAAAGGGUCUCACUCUUUACCAUCUUAAGAGUCAUCUUCAGAAAUUCAGGCUAGGAAAGCAACCUCACAAGGAAUUCAAUGAUCACAACAUCAAAGACAGUGAAAGAGCUUCAGCUUUAGAACUUCAAAGAAACACUACUGCGUCGUCUUCUGGAAUGAUGGGCCGGAGUAUGAAUGAGAUGCAGAUUGAAGUACAAAGAAGACUUCAUGAACAAUUAGAGGUACAACGGCAUCUGCAAUUAAGGAUAGAAGCGCAAGGAAAAUACAUGCAGACAAUACUCGAAAAAGCUUGUCAAACUCUAGCUGGAGAUCAAAGCAUGGCGGCCGCUGCUGCUGCAGCUGGUUACACUAAUAAUAAUGGUAAUAAAGCGGUUGGAAGUAAUCAAGCAGGCAUCGGAAUGAAUAUGAAUAUGAGUAUGAAUAUCAAUGCAAGCACUAGUAGUACUAGUCAUCUUGAUCAACCUCACCAUCGAGUGAUGAUGAUGCCAGGUGAUCAUCACAUGCCGACCGCUAUGAAGGACUUUGGGUCUCUCAACUUUCCAUCUUUCCAAGAUCUUAAUCUUUAUGGCACUUCACCAUCGCCAUCUCCACCAGCCGUCGCAGCAGCAGGUACUGCUGUAGCCCGAAAGAGCCCCUUAAUGUGGUCAGAUGAAGAACUUAACCUUCAAGAUGACCAUCAUCAUCAUCAUCAUCAUCGACAACCAGAUCAGCAUCGUCAUCAUCACCAUCAUAUCGGAGUACUAUCUAACAACAACAGUUCCGAAGGAGGAGGAGAUGGUAAUUGCGAUCUAGAUUCGUCGUCUCUUCCCAGCCAUCUUUUUGAAACAAAGCCAUUAACUUUAGGAAGCAAUCAUCAUCACAAUAACAUGGAUCAUCAUUCAUCAUCAUCGUCAUCUCAUCUUGGGUUAGGGCCAAUAAUGGAUCAUCAUCCGAAGAAAGUGGAGAGAACGUCGUCUCCAAGAAGACCGCCGUUGUCAUCAAAUAGUUCUAUGGAUAACAUGAGAGCCACUCUUUCGACUACUACUAACAGUAAUUCCAAUAUGUCUCCUCAAGGAAGAAGCUCUUCCUUCGGCUAGCUAGCUACUAUACUCUCGUAUCUUCUAUACAUAUACGUAUAAUGUAAUUUCUGUCAAAUUCAGACAUAUAUAUAUAUAACUAUAUAUAUAUAUAAAUGAUAGCUAGCUACACUUGCAUGGUUAUAUGUUGGAGUUAGCCCAAAAAUGUAAUAAUACGACAUUUCAUCACUACUUAAUUGCUAGAUUUAAUUACUGAUUUAAUUA